CUUAAUUGUAAACAUGUUGUGCUUAAAAGCUAAUAAAAUGAAGUGGACGUUGACGCUGUUAAUAAUCUGCCUGGCGUCGGAGCUAGUUAACUCCGAAAUGAAUUCGCCGCCAGUGUUCACACAGACCCUAAAUAAUAUUGUGCUCUAUGAGAAUGUGCCAGUGGGUACUGUGGUAUUUCAACUGCAAGGCUCCGAUCCUGAAAUGAGUAAUGUGACAUUUGGGUCGAUUGGCUCGGACCACUUCAGCGUCGAUCCAGUUUCUGGCAAUAUAACGCUGGUGAAGCCAUUGGAUCGCGAGGAAACGGAUAGCUUGACAUUCCUGGUAUCGAUCAGAGAUCGAGUGCAUCCAAAUGGUGAAUCAGACCAGGAUAAUGUAGUGGAACAGCCUAUUACAUUUAUAAUACUCGACGAGAAUGAUAAUCCUCCAGAAUUUCAAGACACCCCUUAUGAAGCGGACGUAAACGAGGAUGCCGCUGUGGGCACUACGAUUUUCGAUAAGAUUUUAGUGAAAGAUCGCGAUACAAUUGGUGACAGCUUGGACCUGAAGUGUCUCCCACAACAGCAAAGUCCUGAGGCGUGCAGCAAAUUCCGCUUGCAGCUGCUGACCCGUGAGGCGACCAUCCUCACUGCCGCCGUGGUGCUGAACGACACCCUUAACUACAAUCAGAGAAUGAUUUACCACUUCCAAAUCGAGGCCAGUGAUGGUGUGCACAAAACACAGACAACUUUUGAGGCUCGCGUCAAGGAUGUGCAGGAUAAGCCGCCAGUAUUUCAGGGCUCACUCUCCACUGUCAUCGAUGAGGAUAGUCCCAUAAACACUUUGGUGCUGACAGUGCAUGCUCGUGAUGGUGACACUGGGGAACCCCGAAAAAUAGUCUACGAUCUGCUAAGCAAUCCCAACGAUUACUUCCUGUUGGACUCGCACAGCGGCGAACUGCGUACGGCCAAGCCAUUGGACCGUGAGGCGCUGACUGAUUCCACGGGUCUAAUUCCUCUGCUGAUACGCGCUCGCGAACUGGUGAAUGGUGUGCCCAGUGAUGAUCCAAUGACCAGUGCGACGGCCAGAGCUACAGUCACCAUACGCGAUGUGAAUGACUCGCCACCCACAUUCAAUAAGAAGGAGUAUGAGGUGUCGCUGCUGGAAAACACGCCAGUGGGCACGCCACUGGCGCUGGACAUGAGUGUGAGCGAUGCUGAUGUGGGUGUCAACUCGAAGUUUGCGCUGAGGUUGGAGGAUGUGUCGGGCGUGUUUGAUGUGGAACCCAAGCUGGUCACCGGCUACUCUCAGGUCAAUAUUCGCGUUGCCAACGGCACUUUGGAUUACGAAAACCCAAAUCAGCGUAAAUUCAUAGUUCUGGUGAUUGCCGAGGAAACGGACACGAAUCCGAAGCUCUCCUCUACAGCAACAAUAACGGUGAGCGUGCUGGAUGCCAAUGACAACAAACCAAGCUUCGAGCAGGAGAGCUACUCGGCCACCGUCUCGGAGGCAGCAUUGCCCGGUCAGUACAUCACAACGAUUACCGCCAAGGAUGUGGACUCGGGCAGCUUUGGUGAUGCCGGCAUACGUUACAGCCUAUCCGGCACCGGUGCUGAGCUCUUCCAUGUCAACGAACAAACGGGCGUCAUUACCCUCGGCGAUUGUCAGCGUCUGAGCAACAGGCGCCAGCGACGUGACCUCCAUGAGAAUGCUGGCGGCGAUGGUCACGCACUCGAAAUGCUCUACAUGGAGGCGGACCACAUCGUCGACCAGCGUCAGAUUAACACAGAGCCCACCGUGCAGUAUACGUUAAUCACGCAGGCGCCGCUGCAAUCCGAGGCAGCAGCAACAACAACAGCAACGGCAACGGCAGUUCCUAAUGACGACAAAGACGCCAGCAGCAAGGCGACGCCGACGUGUCUUGACUAUGAAACGGAGACCACGUAUUUCUUGUCAUACAAGGCGACCGACGACAAUGGACAAGGUCAGACCUCAGUGGUCUCCCUACGCAUUUCGGUGAGUGACGCCAAUGAUUCGCCGCCCGUCUGUGAGAGUCCCCUUUAUCGGGCCAGCGUGGAUGAGGGUGCCUUGGUGUUUGAUUCCCCAUUGGUGGUGAAGGCACGCGAUGCGGACACAAUGUCAAGCAUUAGCUAUCGGAUUAUUGGCUCGCCACAGAUUGAGAGCAUCUUUGACAUUGACAAGCUGAGCGGCCAGAUCAGCAUCCGGCCCAACGCCAGUCUGGAUGUGACAAAUCUAAAGAGCGAGCAGCUCAUCUUUGUCGUUGAGGCCAAUGAUGGAUUGUUUACGGCUAACUGUGGCGUUAACAUCACAGUGCGCGAUGUCAACAAUCAUGUACCCAAUUUCCUGCAGCAUACUUACAGCGCUGUCGUCGAGGAGAACUCGGAAAUUGGCACCAGUGUGGAGAAGCUGCAGGCUACCGAUUUGGAUACGGGCAAAAAUGCAGAGCUACGGUAUCGUAUCCAGCAGGGUAGCUUCGAUGACUUUGGCAUUGAUGAGCGCACAGGGGAGGUGUUUGUCUCCCGCAAGCUUGACUAUGACAGACGCAACACGUAUCAUCUGCAGGUGCAGGCCGCCGAUCAAGGCACGCCCAGUCUCACGGGAACCGCCACGCUGACAAUCAGUGUACAGAACAGCAAUGAUAAGGAUCCCUACUUUGUGCCCGCCACACAGCAUGCGGAGGUGCGUGCAGAUGCACCCACUGGCCAUCUAGUCUAUACUCUGAUUGCCCUCGAUCCCGAUGUGGCUACGCAUAAUGCGCUCGAGUUUGCCGCCACCGAUGACAUCACGGCCAUUGACAAGGAGGGCAAGGAGCUGCCCCACAGUGAAAAGUUCAAGGAGUACUUUGCAAUCGAUCGAAGUGGCAAAGUGAGAGUCAACCGGCAACUGGAUCGCAAUCUUUUUGCCGUUAUGCGCAUCAAUGUGCUCGUAACGGACAGCACUGCGCCCAAUGUGCAGCAGGGACGCGGCCUGCUCAUCAUACAGAUCAUCGAUGUGAAUAAAAUACCACCGAGAUUUAAUGCACCCUGGAGCCCUGCGCAGCCAUUGAUGAAACUUCAAAUGGUCGAGGAGCAGCCAGUUGGCACUUUGUUAACCACCCUUCAGGCCAGCGAUGAGGACUCCAGCAUUGGUGAAUUCAACAUAACGGCCAACGAUUACUUUGCCAUCAAUCACACUACUGGCGUCAUCUAUACGACUGCUCGCCUGGACUACGAGGCCGUCAAGGAAGUAAAGUUCAUGGCCACUGUCAGUGAUACAGGUGUGCCAGCACUGACAGCGACAGCGGACAUUGUCGUAGACAUCAUCAACCUGAAUGACAACGAACCGCACUUCACCCAAUCCGAGUACUACUUCAAUAUCACGGAGAACUCACCCCGUGGCACAGUCGCUGGCAAAGUGGAGGCCCAUGAUGGCGAUGUGGGCGCCUUUGGCGAACUGACCUACACGCUAAUCGGCGAGAACAAUAAAUACUUUAGCAUCGAUGCUUACACGGGCAACGUAAUGGUCGCAAAUGCAUCCAUUUUGGAUCGUGAGCAGCUCAAAGAACUCACGCUGUCCGUCGUGGCACAGGAUAAGGCACCGGCCACAGUACAAAAGUCAGCGACGGCUACGAUUCACAUAAACAUUUUGGACGUUAAUGAUAAUGCACCCGUAUUUACGCGUCCUGUGUACAACUCGACCGUGUCGGAGAAUGCAGCGUAUCAGCCACCGGCUGCACUCCUGCAGGUGCAGGCUACCGAUCUCGAUGAGGGUCUAUUCGGGGAUGUGCGCUAUGUUAUAACGGCUGGCAAUGAUCUGGCACUGUUCAAGCUGGACGCACAGUCGGGUAUUAUAUAUCCAGCUCAAAGUCUGUCUGGCAAGCAUGGUGUCUAUGAGCUGCUAAUCUCGGCACGUGACACCCAAGGAUCCGGCACCAUGGAGGCCAAUGCAAAGGCAAUUAUAAAUGUUUUGAGCGUUAACCGUCAUCGUCCCGAGUUUAUGAUUCCUGCUUUGUCAAACGCCACAAUUGAAAUACCUGGCGAUAUUGUGCAAGCAGAUUAUUUACUGCUGACAGUGAAGGCGCUGGACAAUGACACCGAUGGCACUGGCAAGGUUAGCUAUCAUCUCCAGGUCAACAGUCAAAACGUGCAGCAGACGACGGAGUUCAAAAUUGAUGAGAACACCGGCGAGUUACGCUCCAGGCAGCAGCUCAAUCGCAAGAAUCGCGCAAACUAUGAUAUCAUAUUGGUUGCACGUGAUGCUGGCAAUCCGCCCUUUGAGUCUCUGCGCCUGCUGACUGUCAGCAUUGUAGAUGCGAAUGAAAAUCGUCCUGAAUUCCCCGACGCCUCCAAUCCCUACAAGGUAUCGAUCAAUGAGAACAGUGGACGUGAUGUCAAAAUUGGACACAUUCAGGCAGCAUCACGCAGCAAACAUAAUCGUGACAUAUUCUACUAUAUGCUGUUGGGUAAUGAGGAUGGCGCCUUCUAUGUGGACAAGCUCACGGGAGAUAUUUAUACGAACAAGAGUCUGGAUCGUGAGCAGACUGAUUCAUAUACCUUAUAUAUAUUGGCUAGCAUUAAGGCGGAUUUGCACAUAUCCGAAGAGGAGCGGGCGUCGUUCUCAAUCAAAAACCUCAAUCGGGACAAUACAGUGGCCAAGGUGGCCAUCACUGUGCUGGAUGUGAAUGAUAAUGCACCGGUAUUUGAGAAAUCCGUUUAUUAUGCGGGCGUUAAUGCCAAUGCCAAGAUGAAUGCGGCCAUCACGCUGGUCAAUGCCAGCGAUGCGGAUCAAGGCAAAAAUGCGAAGAUCGAAUAUAUGAUUGUUGCCUCAAAUCUGUACAAAUUCGGUGCCAAGAAGUCAACGGGCUCCAUUGUGCCCAGUCCAUUUGCCAUAUCGCAAGACGGCCGUAUCUCGGCCAAUACCAUAAUGGCAGAGUACAAUCAGGAUCGUUUUGAGCUGGAGAUUGUGGCACGUGAAUUGGAAGAGCCACAGCGCUCGGCCAACACCAAAGUCUAUAUUUGGGUCUUUGAUGGCACACAACUGGUUAGGGUUAUACUAUCACGGCCCCCCGAGGAGGUAUAUCAGGAGCAGGAGGAGAUAAUAGCCGAGCUACGCAACGCUACGCAGCAUCGCAUUAUUGUAGAUGAAAUACGUUUCCAUUUGGAUUCGAUUGGACGCAUUCGCAUGGAUUGGUGUGAUUUGUAUUUCCAUGCCGUAGAUCCGCAGACACAGCAAAUUGCGCCAGUUGACGAAAUACUUAAGGAUAUUGACAGGAACUAUGAUUAUCUCAAGGAUUACUAUGCUGGCUUUGCUAUAGAGAACGUUGUACCCGCCUACAUAGCCAUUGUGCAGGAUGAGUUCGACCUGGCCGUUGCUGGUUUGGUUGCCUUGGUCAUUGUGCUGUUUGUUGGCGUUAUUAGUUUCAUUGUGCUGUGCUGUUGCUUGAAGCAUUGGAAUCUUUCAGUGCCCGUGGAGACGCGACGCAAGGAGGCACUAAUAAAAAAGCAAAUCAUUGAGGACUUGAAUACGACCGAAAAUCCGCUUUGGAUCGAACAAAAACUUAAGUUAUAUGAGGAACAGGAGUUGACUAUGCAGGUUUUCUCGGAGCCCGAUCAUAUAUCCAACUCGGAUGCGCCUGGGCAUUUGGAUCACCGCAGCUCGCUGGAGCAGGUGCAUCAUGGCCAAACGGUGGACAAUACGUACGCCACCAUUCAGCCGCGUAAUAAUCAGAAUCGUUUGACUGCCGGCUCGGGCAGUAAUGGCGGUGCCGGUUCUAUAUCCAUGCGCAGCGGUGGUGCGGCCAGUGCCGGUGGCGUUGGCGGCACGGGGCUGCUGCUAGCCCGUGUCGAUCCACAUGCCAACGACUUUGCGGAUUAUGCAACGCUACGCAACAAUCGAGCACCCUCCAUGUAUGAGUUCACGGGCUCCACAUUCCAAGCACCCAUUCGGGAUGGCGACGAUGCCGUAGCCGAACUUAUUUAAGCAUUAAGCUAUAGAGCUAAAUUGUAAAUGAUGUAGUAGCUAACUAUAUAGAUUGAACCUUUAGACACGGUUUAGUUCAACUGAUCUGAUCUUUUGCAUUUCCUGAGUUUACCGUUGCGUAUAUACAAUAAAUAUUUAUACAAGUGCAUAUACAGACACAAGCAUAUUUAUACGUUAUAUAAAUAUAUAUAUAAUUAGCGUAGAAGUAUAUUGUAUGCCAACGAUUAUAUAAAACUCAACUAAUCACGAGAAAACAAAACAAAAAACAUACAAAAUUAGCAUAUUAUAUUGUGCAAACAGCUACACAAAAGCCCCAUAGUGGAAUUUCUCCCGCAUAAAUAAUGACAAUAAUAUAUAUGAAGACAGCAUAUAUAUAAUUCUAUAUAAAUAUAUAUAUAUAUGUAUGUAUAGAACACAUUGAUGAUGUCUAGCGUUAAAUUUAAGCGUUACUCGAAUACAACUAGUUAUGGUUGCAAUUAUUGGUUUACUUUACACGAAUAACGCAGCGAUAUUAGUUUAAACGUCCACACAUUCUGUAUUACUAAGUUAUACUACUUAGAUAAAGACUAAAUUAUUUGCUCUUCCAAUCCGUAUUACGUUAGUUUUUUGGUCAUUAGCAGUUAGUCCUAAGUUUAUAGUUUAAUUAGCCGCGCUUGCUCAUACACCUAAGUUGUAAGUUUAGUUAAAAGCAAUACUAUAUAGAAUAUGUGCAACAAACUAUUGUGCAGUCACCUCAACUGCUCUAUUGCAUUCAUUAGAACUAAUUUGUUUGCAUUUACAUACGAUAUAAUACAAAAUCAAAUAAACACA